ACCUCUUGUCUGAGUUCUGUACGCCUUUAUGGCGUGUAACAAAAAGAUGAGAGCGUUGUUUAUUUUUCUAGUUUUGGGAUCUAGUAUGGUGCCGUAUCCUGAUCUCGCAUCUUCUCCACCGCACCACCCACAUUUCUUCAUCGAUAUUUUAUCUACCAUAAGAGGGAGCGGGGAGCGACAACCCGGUGCUCCGACGACUGAUAUGAUUAUGCCUAUCACUGCAACCUACAACUCUGAUUUACCUUCUGCCCUCUUCUCCGCUUCCGCCGUGAGCGCUCUAAAGGGAAUCAAAUCGCCGGAAAAGUGUCGAUCCUGCGUUAAGUGGCACUCUGGUGGCAACAUCGUCCUUAUAUACCUUCAUGACUUUAUCAUCGUCUGUACUGUAAUCUUUCUAGAAUAUUCAAAGAGUAAUAGUCAGACCUCAAUUCCUCAUGGUCGGCAGUACGUACUACGUGCCCUAGCGACGUUCAUCACAUGCCCAAGCUCCGUGCUUUGAUCCUUCUGCUGGACGGAAGUGGUGCAAGGGGUGACUGAAUCCCAACGCCACGGUUUUGCAUCUCAC